AUGUCUUUGAAAGAGUGCCCCCCCCCCCCCCCCCACAGAUCUGUUAUCAGGAAAUGUCUUCACAGAGAGAGGAAGAGGAGUCAUGUUUCUCAGGAGGAGCAGACGUCCUGCUGUGCUUCCUGUCAGGACGUCCUGAAGGAUCUAGUCUCCACCAGCUGUGGACACUGGUUCUGCAGACAAUGCAUCACCUCACACUGGGACCAGUCUGGUUCUUCAGGAGACUCCUCCUGUCCCCAGUGUGGACAAAGAUCCAGAACAGGAGCUGGAGAUCGUGGUCUGCAGGAGGUUUCAGAUGAACAUAAGCUCAGUGUGAGGAGGAGAUGUGAACAUGUGACUGAAGGAACUGAUGAAACAGGAAGUAGAACCCUCCUCAACAGGAUCUACACUGAGCUCUACAUCACAGAGGGACAGAGUGAAGAGGUUAAUACUCAACAUGAGGUGAGGCAGCUUGAGACGGCUUCCAAGAAGAAGAUCCUCCACGACACUCCCAUCAAGGUCCACGACAUCUUUAAAGCCUCCACUGACCAGCAGAGCAGCAUCAGAGUCGUCCUGACCAACGGCGUCGCUGGAGUUGGAAAAACCUUCUCGGUGCAGAAGUUCACUCUGGACUGGGCAGAGGGUUUAGAAAACCAGGAUGUGGGUAUUCUGGCUGUGCUUUCGUUCAGGGAGCUGAACCUGGUGAAGGACCAGCAGCACAGUCUUCUCACGCUGCUCCAUGUUUUCCAUCCAGCGUUACAGAAGCUCACGGCAGAGACGCUCGCUGUCUGUAAACCUUUGUUCAUCUUUGACGGCCUGGAUGAAAGCAGACCUUCUCCGGACUUCAACCACAGGGAGCUUGUGUCUGAGGUCACACAGAGGUCAUCAGUCAACGUGCUGCUGACAAACCUCAUCCGGGGGAAUCUGCUUCCCUCAGCUCUCAUCUGGAUAACCUCCAGACCUGCAGCGGCCAAUCAGAUCCCUCCUGCAUGUGUUGACAGGGUCACAGAAGUACGAGGCUUCACUGACGCCCAGAAGGAGGAGUACUUCAGGAGGAGGUUCAGUGAUGAAGAGCUGUGCAGCAGAAUCAUCUCACACAUCAAGACGUCCAGGAGCCUCCACAUCAUGUGUCAAAUCCCAGUCUUCUGCUGGAUCAGUGCUACAGUUCUGGAGCACAUGUUGACCACAGACCAGAGAGGAGAGCUGCCCAAGACCCUGACUGACCUGUACUCACACUUCCUGCUGGUUCAGACAAAGAGGAAGAACAACAAGUACGGUGAGAAGAAGGCUGACAGGGACGUUCUCCUGAAGCUGGGGAGGCUGGCACUUAAACAUCUUGAGGAAGGAAACAUCAUGUUCUACCAAGAAGACCUGGAGUGGUGUGGUCUUAAAGUCCCAGAGGCCUCUGUGUACUCAGGAGUUUGUACUGAGAUCUUCAGAAGAGAGUGUGUGACCUUCCAGAAAUCAGUCUACUGCUUUGUUCAUCUGAGCGUUCAGGAGUUUCUGGCUGCAGUCUACAUGUUCCACUGUUACACCAAGAGGAACACAGAAGAACUCAACAACUUCUUGGGAACAAAUGGGAACUCAGACUGUAACUUCUCCCUGGAUGACCUCCUGAAGAGAACCAUGGAGAAAUCCCUCACCAGUACAAAUGGUCAUCUGGACCUGUUUGUUCGCUUCCUUCACGGCCUCAGUCUGGAGACCAACAGGAGAGUCUUAGGAGGCCUGCUGGGUCGGACAGGGAACAAUCCAAAGCUCAUCAAGAGACUCUUAGGAGGCCUGCUGGGUCGGAGAGGGAACAAUUCAAAGAUCAUCCAGAGAGUCAUCAACAACCUGAAGGAGAUGAAGAGUGGUGACAUUUCUCCUGACAGAAGCAUCAACAUCUUCCACUGUCUGACUGAGAUGAACGACCUCUCAGUUCAUCAGCAGAUGAAACAGUUCCUGAUGUCAGAGAACCGAUCAGAGGAGAAACUCUCUGAGAUCCACUGCUCAGCUCUGGCCUACAUGCUGCAGAUGUCAGAGGAGGUUCUAGAUGAGUUGGACCUGGAGAAGUUCAACACAUCAGACCAGGGUCGAUGGAGACUGAUCCCAGCUGUGAGGAACUGCAGGAAGGCUCGACUCAGUGGUUGUGGACUCUCAGAAACUCACUGUGAAGUCUUGGCCUCAGCUCUGAAGUCAGACCCCUCACAUCUGAUAGAACUGGAUCUGAGUAACAACUCCCUGCAGGACUCAGGAGUGAAGCUGCUGUGUUCUGGACUGGAGAGUCCAAACUGUCGACUGGAGACUCUGAGGUUGAUUGGCUGCAGUCUGUCAGAGAUCAGCUGUUCUUCUCUGGCUUCAGCUCUGAGGUCAAACCCCUCUCAUCUGAGAGAACUGAAUCUGACUAACAACAACCUGCAGGACUCAGGAGUGAAGGAGCUGUGUGGUUUUCUACUGAGUCCAACCUGUCAACUGGAGACUCUGAGACUCUGUGGUUGUCUACUCUCAGAGACUCACUGUGAAGUCGUGGCCUCAGCUCUCAAGUCAAACCCCUCACAUCUGAGAGAACUGGAUCUGAGUAACAACUACCUGAAGGAUUCAGGAGUGAAGCUGCUGUGUUCUGGACUGGAGAGUCCAAACUGUCAACUGGAGACUCUGAGGUUGAACAGCUGCAGUCUGUCAGAGAUCAGCUGUUCUUCUCUGGCUUCAGCUCUGAGGUCAAACCCCUCUCAUCUGAGAAAACUGGAUAUGAGCUACAACGACCUGCAGGACUCAGGAGUGAAGGAGCUGUGUGGUUUUCUACAGAGUCCAACCUGUCGACUGGAGACUCUGAGGUUGAGGAGUUGCAGACUAACAGAGAUCAGCUGUUCUUCUCUGGCUUCAGCUCUGAGGUCAAACCCCUCUCAUCUGAGAGAACUGGAUCUGAAGUACAACGGCCUGCAGGACUCAGGAGUGAAGGAGCUGCUUGAUCUACAGCAGAGUCCAACCUGUCGACUGGAGACUCUGAGGUGGGAGGGGAGAUCUCCGUGGAGGUGAGUGUGAAGAGGACAGUGUGUGUGGACGGAGGCUGAGCUGUGACCUGAGGAUCCAGAGGCUGAAGCAGCAGCAGCUGCUCAAAGUUAAUUUAAUCCUGUUAUUAUUCCUGUCGGAUGUCAAGAUGUAGUGUAAACUCCGACAGGAUGUUAUUAUGAUUUAUCAAUGAUUGUUGAUUAUUCUGAGUAUGAUCUCAUUCAGGUUAGGUUUAUCAGAACAUGUCGUCCGUCACGUCUCACAGCAACAACACAGAGAUAAUUUGUGAUUUACAGUUUUUCUCCAUUGCUUUGGCUCAUUUCACGAAACAGAAAUGACAUUCUCAGAGCUCUACGUGCAAUUGGCAAAAUAGCCCAUAUGGUUCAGCACAACUACAUAGAUCACCUUCAAAAGGUCAUAUCUCACCCAAAACAGUUAACUCAAGUUGAAACCAAAUCAUUUUCUCAUAUAAAUAGUCAGUGCCCUCAAAAUGAAAAUUUCCUUCUCGAUUGCUGUGGCUCAUCUCUCAAAAUAACAUAGAUGGUUCAGCAAAUCUCCAUAGCACACCUGCAAAAGGUCAUAUCUCUCCCAAAACAGACAACUCAUCAGUCAAAACUAAAUCCUUCUCUCGUACAAAUAGUCAGUGCCCCCAAAAUGAAAAGUCCCUUCGGCAUUGUUUAAACACUACAGGUCAAAAUGUUUAGAUGUUUUGUCAGUAUGGCAGUGGACCAUAGAAAUAUCCCUCAUGUGCACAUUUCAACCUUGGCUCAGUCCUUGAAUGGUCACUGAAUGACCUUUUGAAUGUAGUUUUUAGAGCCGUGGAACUUGUACAUGUAACUAACCAAUUUCCAUAAUGUAACCAAAAGGAUUCUAAUGUUUAAGGUUAGGGUUCUAAUUUAUUCUCUUUUUUAAUAUAUUCCUACAUCUUCAGUUUCCUCUUUUUAACAAGUCCAGGACGCUGCUUCAUGUUUACAUUGAAGAAAAAUAAGAAAAUUCUACAAGUUGUAUUUUUUAAAUAUUAACAAUAGAUGAUAGUUAUAUUAUUAUACGUUAGAUACGUUCACACAGACCUCUCAUCCCCUGAUGGUGAAAACGUCUCUGCUGCCGCCAUAUUGAAGAGAGAGGCUGAUCACUUCAGAUUAUAGAAAAUAUCAAAAUUAAAAAUAUACAUUUUGUGCUGUUUUCUGAUGAAACCAGGAAACUGGGAAUAAAGAGUUAUUAUACACAAUGCUACAUUCUGAAUUUACACAGAACAGCUUAGAAACAAAUAUUAAAUCAGAAAUAUUACCGGUGAUAUUUCUGCCAAAUUAAACUAUGUAAAAGUUUGAAAAUCCACAUUUUGGUCUUUCUAACAAACCAAACUGCGACAGUCAGACAUCACUUUUAAUCUGAUUGAGGAUGAAGCCGACAGACAGAUUCACAGCCUCCUCUUUAACAACAUGGCCGCUGCGUUGAUGUGUGUUGUUGUGAAAAUGUCUCAAACGUUUAUGGAGCACGUUCACACCCUCUGGUUUCAACUGGUUUGAAGAAGUUCACUGUGGGAGAUAAAAGCAUGAGGCUGCUCAACAUUUCAUUUUUCUUUUUGUUUUUAUUUUUAACUUUUCAAACUUUCUCCUUCAUCCAACUCGUCGUCCGUCCAUUAAAGCAGCUUCUCAGCUUGUGCCUGAUCGACGGCCUCAGCUCUGACCGUUCUUCUUGUUCUUCUCUCCUCUCUGUCACGCUUCUUCUCUUCCCGCUGUUUGCUGUGUCGCUACAUUUGUCAGAUCAAGUGUGUUUUCUUGAUUUUUUAAUUUUUACAUGUUUUUUUUUUACAUUUGCAUUUGCAAUAAAUAUUUAGUUUUGAAAAACUAAAA